AAUAGAUAUACAAAUUUUGUGUUAAUCUAUUAACCGAGAGAGAGAGAGAGAGAGUCUAAGACGUCUACUGAUUUUAGCUUGGAGAUAGAUCGCCUUCAUCCAUCCUCGAUCCCCAGAACCUUAAAUGAUAACAUAUUAUCGUCACCUAGUGGCAUAUUUUCGAUUCGAGGUAAAUUGGAUGCUGCGAGAAUGAGUACCUUCUCGAUCAGCCGGAAAAAAAAAAACGCCGUCCCAGAAACACAGAGAAGAAGAAGAAGCCACCAAAAUGAGCUGUAUCAGGAGUUCGUGAAAUCGUUUCAAGGAGAUAGUGCAGCUAAGGCUUUCGUUGGAGGUGGUACAAUCAAUCCUAAUGAUAAGCCCAAGCCUGACUCUCAAGGUGAAAAGUCCAGAGAUGGGGCUUCCAUUUCAAAGAAGGGGAGUAGCGUAUGGCUUUCGGAGUUGCAAUCAAUGUCUGUGCUGUUGUGGUAGAGAAGAGUCUCUUGCGGACUUUUGGAAGAUUUUAACCUGUUAAAAUUAUGUGGCCAAGAACGGAAGAAGAGAAAAGACAAAGACGUUGUGGCCUUGUUGCUUUCAUGAAUAGAUCCGAUGGGCAAGCUGCAAAGGAUGAAAUGCAAGGGAUCAUUGUUUAUGACUAUGAGCUGAUUGGAUGGGGUAAAGCGGUUUCUCUGCCAUCACAAUCACUACCAGCUCCACCUCCUAGACAUAUGGCAAACCGGAGUAAGGAGGGCUGCAAUUUAAUUGUUUCGGGAAUAUCGGGUCCACCAAUAACUUCUGCUCCAAAUCAAAAUUCUGAGCUGGUUCUUAACCCAAAUGUGCCGGAUAUCACUGUUGUUUCUCCUGAGGACGAGCACCUCAAACAUAUUAUUGAUACAAUGGCCCUUAAUGUACUGGACGGUGGAUGCGCUUUUGAACAAUCUAUUAUGGAGAGGGGGCGUGGGAAUCCACUUUUUAACUUCUUGUUUGACCUGGGCUCUAAGGAACAUACCUACUAUGUCUGGAGACUCUAUUCCUUUGCUCAGGGUGAUACCCUUCAAAGAUGGAGAACAGAGCCGUACAUCAUGAUAGCCGGAAGUGGAAGAUGGAUUCCGCCACCGCUGCCUGCACCUAGGAGCCCAGAGCAUGAAAAAGAGUCUACAUGCACUUAUGUAGCAGGGAAAAGCAGGCGCGCAGAUGGCAAGCAAACUCUAACUGAUCCUCAAAGGGAUGAAUUUGAGGACAUGUUGCGCGCUCUAACUUUAGAAAGGAGUCAAAUCAAGGAAGCUAUGGGGUUUGCUUUGGAUAACGCCGAUGCAGCUGGAGAGGUUGUUGAAGUUCUGACAGCGUCUUUGACCCUGAAAGAGACAUCAAUGCCAACUAAGGUUGCAAGACUCAUGCUUGUGUCUGAUAUUCUUCAUAAUAGCAGCGCUCGUAUUAAAAAUGCCUCUGCAUACCGGACAAAAUUCGAAGCAACAUUACCCGAUAUAAUGGAAAGCUUCAACGAUCUGUACUGCAAUGUAACUGGAAGGAUUACUGCGGAGGCUCUUAAAGUAAUCCCAGAAAGAAAAUGUUCUUAUGUUGUUAUUCACUUUUUCAAGUUCUGUUGCUCUCAUUCUUACUUUGUGCAGGAACGAGUACUCAAAGUACUGCAGGUAUGGGCAGACCGGUUUCUCUUCUCAGAUGCAUAUAUAAAUGGGCUACGAGCCACGUUUCUCCGGUCGGGAAACUCUGGUGUUACCUCGUUUCAUUCUAUCUGCGGUGAUGCGCCUUAUAUAGAGAAGAAAGGUCUCAUGGUUAAAAUGAACUAUGCUGAUGAGAGCAAUCAAGACGCUGCACUGGCAAUGGGCGAGGGAGCUGCUGGGCAAGAGCUGAUGACUCUACCGAUUUCUGAGCUUGAGAGACGCUGCAGACAUAAUGGUCUGUCACUUGUAGGGGGUAGAGAUAUGAUGGUUUCUCGGCUGCUAAGCCUGGAAGAUGUAGAGAAACCACGUGGCUCCGAAGUAAUAGAUGAAAAUGGAAAGAAUCGACAGGGACAUUCAAGUUGGGAAGAAGUUAACAUUGAGCCUGGGCGAAUGAAAACCAGCUAUGAAAAAGUUGAAAUUAAAGAGCCUGUGAAUCUGACCUCGACAAUACAGAUGUCACAGCCAAAGCUAAAAGCCUUUGCGAAAAAGGAGAAAAAUGACCUCGUAUUGCCAACUUCCAGAUGGGCGAGAGAGGAUGAUGAAACUGAUGAGGAACAAAAAAAGCGCUACUCCUCUGGUAGGGACAAUACUGGUAGAAUAACUUUCAAGACCGAUGAAGAGGAUCUCAAGGAUGAUUCAGGUGUUCAUAUCCAGCCUGAAAAUGAAACCGACGAGAAGCAAAGACAAAAGCUUAGGUAGAUAGAUGUUGCGUUGAUAGAGUAUCGAGAAUCUCUUGAGGAACAGGGGAUGGAAAACUCUGAGUAGAUAGAAAGAAAAGUUGCAAUCCACCGAAAGAGGCUUGAAGCUGAUGUCUUAUCAGAAUAUCAGAGAGUAUUACUAGAAAAAAGGGAGAAGCGUGAAGUAAUUAAAGAUUCAUCUAGAAAGAGAUACCGAGGUGAGAGCCAGAAUCGAAGCCAAAGUCCGCCACACAGAUCAUCAACCAGAGAAAGGGUCAAAGAUCAUGACUUGGACAAAGGCAGAGACAGAGACAGGCAACAACAUGAUUUGGGCAAGGACCGAGAACGAAGAGCAAAGAGUUCAAGUCAUGAGAGAGACGAUCAUAAUAGAAACAGAGAACGAGAUAGAGAUUGGCGCAGACGAGGCAUGAGAUGAGAUGAUUGUUUGUUUGGUCUCUGCAGGACACGUGGAUUUCUAUGAAGAUGCUCUUGAGUCUGGAAUAAUAUCUAAGAAACACGACUUGUAUUUUGUGCAUUACUGUCCAAUUUUCAUAAUUUUUUGCACAAGUUCCAUUUGAGAACCACGUGCUUAGCAUAAGAAGAUUGAUUCUAUGUUUCUUUAAUCACUCAAUAAGUAUGACUUUUGUAACUUAAACAUCUUA